GCGGCAGCCAUGUUGGUCGUGGCUUGCACAGGGGCCGGCUCCAAGGGGUUGUAGAAGCAGGUGUAAGGAUGUUGUCCGCGGUGUUGAGGCGAACCGCGCCGGCGCCGCGGCUCUUCCUACGGUUACUCAAGUCUCCAUCGUUCCAAAGCCGCGGAAGUGCUUACGGCAGGAGCGUAACCACCGCAGACCGGGGAGAGCCGCAGCGGCUGAAAGCUGCCGCCUGGGUGCGCCCUGGAGCAUCUUCUGUCUCGUUCCCCGGACGGGGGGCAGCCACCGGGGGGCGCCGUGGAGAACGCACCGAGAUCUCCUGCCUAGCCGCCGCCUCGUGGGGACACGGUCCUAGCCCGGAAGAAACACUGCCCGGACAGGACAGCUGGAAUGGGGUCCCCAACAAGGCAGGACUGGGCAUGUGGGCCCUGGCCACGGCGCUGGUGGUUCAUUGCUACAGCAAGAGUCCUUCCAACAAGGAUGCAGCGCUGAUGGAAGCUGCCCGUGCCAACAAUGUGCAGGAAGUCAAAAGGCUGUUGUCAGAAGGUGCAGAUGUCAACACAAGGCACAAACUUGGCUGGACAGCACUGAUGGUGGCAGCCAUCAGCCGAAAUGACAGCGUGGUACAGGUUCUGCUUGCUGCUGGAGCUGAUCCAAACCUUGGGGAUGAUUUCAGCAGUGUCUACAAGACUGCCAAGGAACAGGGAAUACAUUCUUUGGAAGUCCUAGUCACUCGAGAGGAUGACUUCAACAACCGGCUAAACAACCGUGCUAGCUUCAAGGGCUGCACAGCUCUGCACUAUGCUGUCCUGGCCGACGACUACCGCAUUGUCAAGGAGCUACUAGAUGGAGCCUCUAGCACCCACCCCACGUUCCCGCCUCCCUCUACUUGUGCAGCUCCUUCUGCCCUGUGUCCCAUUGGGGCCUUCUCAGGAGCCAACCCCCUUCAGAGGAAUGAGAUGGGACACACACCCUUGGAUUAUGCCCGGGAAGGAGAGGUUAUGAAGCUUCUGAAAGCAUCCGAGACCAAGUACAUGGAGAAGCAGAGGAAGCGUGAGGCAGAAGAGCGGCGCCGCUUCCCACUAGAACAGCGGCUGAAGGAGCACAUCAUCGGCCAGGAGAGUGCCAUUGCCACCGUGGGUGCUGCGAUCCGGAGGAAGGAGAAUGGCUGGUACGAUGAGGAGCACCCUCUGGUCUUCCUCUUCUUGGGAUCAUCUGGAAUAGGGAAAACCGAACUGGCCAAGCAGACUGCCAAGUAUAUGCACAAAGAUGCCAAAAAGGGCUUCAUCCGACUCGACAUGUCUGAGUUCCAGGAGCGACAUGAGGUAGCCAAGUUUAUUGGCUCUCCACCAGGCUACAUCGGACAUGAAGAGGGUGGCCAACUGACCAAGAAGCUGAAACAGUGCCCCAAUGCAGUUGUCCUCUUCGAUGAAGUGGACAAGGCCCAUCCAGAUGUGCUCACCAUUAUGCUGCAGCUGUUUGAUGAGGGCCGCCUGACAGAUGGCAAGGGGAAGACCAUUGACUGCAAGGAUGCCAUCUUCAUCAUGACUUCCAAUGUAGCCAGUGAUGAGAUUGCCCAGCAUGCACUACAGCUGAGGCAGGAAGCUUUGGAGAUGAGCCGAAAUCGAAUUGCCGAAAACCUUGGGGACGUCCAGAUGAGUGACAAGAUCACCAUCUCAAAGAACUUCAAGGAGAAUGUGAUCCGUCCCAUUCUGAAAGCUCACUUCCGGAGAGAUGAAUUUCUGGGACGGAUCAAUGAGAUUGUCUACUUCCUCCCUUUCUGCCACUCAGAGCUUAUCCAGUUGGUCAACAAGGAACUGAACUUCUGGGCCAAGAGAGCCAAGCAGAGACACAACAUCACACUGCUGUGGGACCGCGAGGUGGCAGAUGUGUUGGUUGAUGGCUACAAUGUCCACUAUGGCGCCCGCUCCAUCAAGCAUGAGGUAGAGCGCCGUGUGGUAAACCAGCUGGCAGCAGCCUAUGAGCAGGACCUACUGCCAGGGGGCUGCACCCUGCGCAUCACCGUGGAGGACUCAGACAAGCAGCUCCUCAAGAGCCCUGACCUGCCUUCACCCAAGGCUGAGAAGCGUCCGCCCACACUGCGUCUGGAGAUCAUUGAUAAGGACAGCAAGACCCGCAAACUGGACAUCCGGGCACCACUCCACCCUGAAAAGGUGUGCUACACCAUCUAGCAUCUGCCUGCCUGUGUGUACCCUGAACAUCUAAUAAAGACCCCUUGCUGUGACAUGGCAAA